AUGGUCGAGUCUACUACCCACGAGCACGACGGCGGCCUGAGUUCAGUCACGGAGGACCUGCGCGGUUCUGCUGACGACAGAACAAUCGAACCGAUCUGCGACCUCCUGUCGCAAUCUACGCUCACAGAUUGUGGUUUACAGAUCGUCUUAAUAGAAUGUCAGGAUACGGAGACCAAGCGCAA